AUGUCGUCAACUUUUGCGAACUCUACAAUUUCUGCUUUGGUUGGUCAGGGUCAAGGUUUAAGUUUUAAUGAUAUUUUAUCGAAUAUCAGGUCGGUUCAACCGCAUUUGAAUUUAUUAGAACAGUACUGGGCCACUUGGUACACGUAUAUGGAUAAUGACGUGCUUGCCACUGGGUUGAUGUUUUUUGUUUUACACGAAACAAUGUAUUUUAGUAGAUCAUUACCAUGGCUGAUUAUUGAUCAAAUUCCGUACUUUAGAAAAUAUAAGUUGCAGCCUACGAAGAUUCCCUCUGCGAAAGAACAGUGGCACUGCUUGAAAUCCGUUUUACUUUCGCACUUUUUGGUUGAGGCUAUUCCUAUUUGGACCUUUCACCCUAUGUGCGAAAAGUUAGGGAUUACUGUGGAAGUUCCCUUCCCUUCAUGGAAGAAAUCUGUUGCUGAGAUUGCAUUAUUCUUUGUUUUAGAGGACACUUGGCACUACUGGGCCCACCGUUUGUUCCACUACGGUGUGUUCUACAAGUAUAUUCACAAGCAACAUCAUCGGUAUGCGGCGCCUUUUGGUUUGUGCGCUGAGUACGCUCAUCCCGCUGAGACGCUAACGCUUGGCUUCGGUACUGUUGGAAUGCCUAUAUUAUAUGUUUUAUACACUGGACACUUGCACUUAUUUACUUUGUGUAUGUGGAUUACCCUUAGAUUGUUCCAGGCUAUUGAUUCACACUCUGGUUAUGACUUCCCAUGGUCUCUAAACAAAUUCUUGCCCUUCUGGGCUGGUGCGGAACACCAUGACUUACACCACCACUACUUUAUCGGUAAUUACGCUUCUUCUUUCAGGUGGUGGGAUUAUGCAUUUGAUACUGAAUCUGGGAUGGAGGCCAAAACUACUAGAGAAGAAAGAAUGAAGAAGAGAGCUGAACUUAAGGCGAAAAAGGUUAAUUGA